GAAGCCGCGCGGGCGGCGCGUGCGCAGAGGGCGCCGCGAAGCCGCCGCGGGCGGGAGCGCCGGGCCCGGCUGCCCGGAGCGCGCUCUGCGCCUGCGCCAGGCGGGCCGUUCGAAGGCGCCGGGGAUGAGGAGUAACUCGGUCUCCUAGCGACACCCGGCUUGGCCCGACGCGGGCUGAGGCAGCGCUGGAAUCGGGCCCGGGAGCGGCAGUGAGCUCGCACCUGCCUGCAGAACGCGAUACAGACACGGGCAGCGAUCCAAGGAAUGCUGGUUUAAAUACCAAGUGAAUAAGGAUGUCAAUUGUCACAGUGCAGCUUGGGCAGUGUGGGAACCAGACUGGGCACGAGGUGUUCAGUGCUCUCUGCAGUGACAUCCGUGGCACCCAUGGGCUGUGUUCCAAGAAGGAGAAUGAAUCCUACCAAGAUGCCUGCAAGGAACGGUUCUUCUGCGAGGAGGAGGCUGGAGUACCUGUUGCUCGGGCUGUGCUUGUUGACAUGGAGCCCAAAGUGAUCAGCCAGACUUUAUCCAUGGCUGCCAGGUCUGGCCUCUGGAGAUACAACAGCCACUCACACUUCUGCCAGAAGCAAGGAUCUGGGAACAACUGGGCCAAUGGUUACUCUGUUCAUGGGCCCAGACACAAAGAAGCAAUCAUGAAUCUGGUGCAGAAAGAAGCAGAGAAAUGUGACCGACUCGGGGGAUUUUUCACGAUCAUGAGUAUGGCUGGGGGCACAGGAUCAGGCCUGGGAGCAUUUGUGACCCAGUGUUUGAGAGAUGCUUUUCCAACCUCAUUCAUACUGAACCACGUGAUCUGGCCCUAUGGCACUGGGGAGGUCAUUGUUCAAAACUACAACUCUGUUUUGACUCUGUCACAUCUGUACCACUCAUCAGACGCCCUUCUUGUCCAUGAGAAUGAUGUCAUCCACAAGAUCUGUGCCCAGCUGAUGAAUAUCAAACAGAUUUCCUUCAGGGAUGUCAAUCAAGUCAUUGCUCACCAGCUGGGCAGUGUUUUCCAGCCCACUCACACAGCAGGAGGGGGCUCAGGCUACAGCAGAAACCCAUUAGGAGAUUUAAUGGAGACAUUGGUCCCACAUCCCGAGUUCAGGGUGCUGGGCCUGCGGAACAUCCCCCAGGUGCCUGAGACCUCCCUGGCUUACAGCACCUUCAGCUGGCCUGGCCUCAUCAAACACCUGAGGCAGAUGCUCAUUGCUAAUGCUCAAAUGGAGGAAGGUAUUGAUUGGCAAGUACGACCACCACAGCCAGGCUCCUCCACCCCCUCCACAAACAAACCCCUGCACUUCAACACUUCCAUUGCCAACCUGGUGAUCCUGAGAGGAAAAGAUGUGCACGGCGUAGACUUGGGAAGUUUCCAAGAUCCCUCAUUAUACACAUCAUGGCUAAACCCUCAGGAUGCUUUUAAUGCAUGGAAAACACCCAGAGCAUUUAACAAGUAUGAAAAGUCUGCUUCUUUGGUCAGCAACAGCCAGUUCCUGCUGAAACCUCUUGACAACAUUGUAGGAAAAGCUUGGAAUAUGUUUGCUUCCAAAGCUUACCUUCACCAGUACACAAAGUUUGGAAUCCAAGAGGAAGAUUUCCUGGACUGCUUCACAACCCUGGAACAAGUUAUCUCCAGUUACACCAAUCUGUGAUUGAUUCCUUUGUUUAAAUGGUCUGAAGUAGAGAUUUUCUGAAAGAACCAAGCUGGAAAACCUUCCAUCAACUUCCUGAAGUAUGUAAAUGAUUGUACUGGAGUUAUUUUUCAGUCUUGGGAGUCUGUGUGUGUGUGUGUGUGUGUUUGAAUAGCAAGAACUGAAUCUGAAUAUAUUCAUAUAUUCAUACUAUUCUUAUUUAAUAUAUCUAAUAAAUGCCUAUUUUUCAAUACAUUUGCUAUAUACUGUAGCUAUAUCCUUUUCUGACCAUUUCAUUAAGCAAAAUUACAACUCCUGUUUUUCUCCAAGUUAUAAAUUAAUUAACUUGCUAAUUAUCUAAACAUAUUUGCGAUGAGGAUGGCUGGUAGAUUGCCGAUGUAAGAACUUAGAAUUUGAUAUAAUAAAUACAAUACAUUUUAUAAUUUCCAAAGUCAAUUUAAGGACUUGGCUCUUUUUUUGCACAAAUUUUACCACGACCACAAGGUGGUGCCCUGGGAAGCUGCAGCUCCCUCCUGGCAGGAGAAGGGAUGGAAUAAAUUGGGAAGGCACCCAUUGAAUUAAAAUAAAAU